AGUAGAAAGUAAGGGCAACAGUGGAGAAAAGUGGGUAAAGUGCACACAACAUUUAAGGCGGGCCUUUCUUUUGAAUUCUGCACUACACAAUUCACACACAAAAAAGCAAAAACACUUCUCCACUCUCCCACCAAUAUGAAACCCACCUUCCCAUUAACCCCCUAACCGCCCCCUAACUGCUCCCCCCUUCUUCUUCUUCUUCUUCUUCUUCUUCUUCUUCUUUCCCUCCACUAUUCAUAUCACCUUUUCACUCCCCCUAAGGAAAUCCCAAGAAAUCAUUCUUCACUCUGUGAAAUGAUGAAAUGGAAGAAAGACAGAGCUUCAGCUUCUGCUUCCUCCUCAUCUCAUCACUCCCUCAUCACUCAUGUCUUUCCGGUUUCUUGGUUUUCAAAGUUCAAGCAAAAGAAUCUGAGUUCUAUCAAGCAUAAAGCUACAGGGAAGCAGGAGUUACCUUCUCCGAGCUUGUCGGUGCAUAGUUCCGGGUUGAAGGAAGGGAGAUUUUACAGCAGAGAGGAUGAUCCUUACUGGAGGCUUUCAUUUAGCGAGGACAGGAUUGAAGGCGAGAAGAGUACAGCGGGUAGGAAUUCCUUUUCUUCUGCUUCAAUCAAUGAGCUUGAGGUUCCAUUUUCCAGAAUUGUUAAAGCAGAAGAAGAUGGGAAAUUUGAUCCCAUGGUUAAUGGGAAAACAAAGUCCCUGAAAGAUGAAAAGUUACGGAAAAUGAGCAGAAGAGCAUUAGAGGAGAGGCUAGCAGAAAUGGAAAUAGGAUGUAAUGGAGGAGAAGAGAUCAUACCCAAGUCAAUCGAGAAAGAUAUAUUCGAAAUUGAACCAGAAAAGGAAGUCCAAAGGGACUACUUGUUUGAGGGUUCAAGUUUGGAGGAAAGCAAUCCAAUUUCUGAGAGAGAUAAGUUGGAAGAAAUGAAGAUCAAUCAGGAAAGGAAAUCCAUUCAUAUUCCCAGGCAUUACCAGAGGAGAAGGAGAAGGAGAAAGCAAGGUGUCAAAGUUGGAGCUUAUUCUCCCAGAACAACUGCCAAGAUUGAGUGCAAGAUCAAAGCUUUGGAAGACAUGAAAAGGUCAAAGAUGAAGAUGAAGGGCAAAAGAGGGAAUGAUGACAGAACAGCCUUUGACAGCUUUGCUGUGGUGAAGAGUUCAUUCAACCCAGAACAAGACUUCAAAGAUUCAAUGGUGGAGAUGAUCACACAGAUAGGGAUCAAACAGCCAGAAGAACUCGAAGAGCUCUUGGCAUGUUACCUCACAUUGAAUUGUGAUCAAUACCAUCAUAUCAUCAUCAAUGUCUUCCGGCAGGUAUGGUUUGAGCUGAACCAAGCCUAUGUCAGUGCUCAUAUCCAGAAUAACUUCUGCUGUCAUGAUCUUCAUAAGCUUACUUAAAAUGCUGUAAAUAAAUAUUAUUAUGUACUUCUCUAAACUAAUGCAUUUUGUUACUGGAA